CACAUCCUUUGCUAGAGAGCAGACAAGCAGCUGAAGACUCAACCAUGAGCCGACCCAUCCUCCUUCUGCUCCUCGUAUCUCUGGUGUGUGCAACAGUUUGCACAGCAUUCCGACUGGACGGUCGACAGCGUUGCCUCUGUACGACUGCCCAUAAAGUCAAUCCCCGGAACAUCAAGGACUGGAAAGUUCAUCGUCCCAGUGCAUACUGUCGCAACACUGAGAUUGUGGUGACGCUGAGAAACCAGAAGAAAGUCUGCUUACAUCGAAACACAAAAAUAUGGCAACUCAUAAUGCAAAAAGAGCUGGGGUCAGUGUAAACGCUAAUACUGUCAGAAACGAGCCUCUGAUCCAUAAAGCCCAGGAGUCACAUUAAACUAAGAGCCUUAUGAAAUCAUAGGGGAUGGAGGGUUUUUACAGUAUACAAGAGCAUUUCCUGCAUUUCGCAUUAUAACCUUUUAAUCAUGAUACUCUUGAAGUGUAUGUGACAGUGUGUGUGUGUGUGUGUGUGUGUGUGUGUGUGUGUAUGUGUGUGUGCGCGAGUGGGCUGAAUGUGUUUGUGACUGAAGAUGGUAGCAGAAUAUUGGCCGCAGACCAAAACCUCAAACUUCAUGGCAGCCACCCAGAGCUCUGAGGUCAGUAGCCAGGGCAAGCUGACCGGACAGCUAUUCCUUCUGUUAUGAGUGUGUGUGCUAAAAGCAGAGGUUUUAUACGCAGCUAAUAUAAAUUGUGAUAAACUGUAAUCAGGUACGACUGGGGAGUUUGUCCGUGUUAAGAUUAGGGUAGAGAUACAAUGAAGAAUUCAAAUGAACCCCUGAAAGCUAUGUACACAUGACAAAUGAUUCUCUGAUUGUCAAUGUUAUGAUUUUAAAUCUUAUGUGAUUAAUUUCAUUUUUGUGUUGGUAUGUAUUUGUGUCUUUAUUGAAUACUGAUAUUGAGGUGUUUGUUGAGUUUGUUAAGUGUCAUCAUUUUAUUAAGGAAUAUUCACAAUGUGUUUUUUUAUAAAAACAGUUCUGUUGCUUUAAAUAAUAUGUUGGUUUAUUUUUUUGGCAAUAAAUAUUGAAGUACGCACAGUAUAACACCAGUAUAACAACAAGGGCAACUGGGAUUUUAAAAAUGUAAAAACGUGUUAAAAAAAAAAUAAAGCAAAAAAAUGCA